AUGGAUGAAGGCCCUUUUACUACCUCUUCUCUAAUCUGUCUUUUAAGGAAGGCCUUCUGCUGCCCUUUAGAAUUCCUUGUGUGCUUGUUUCUCGAGAGGCGAAUGCGUGCAACCUUCGCUGAGUUGCCUUCGUUAUCUCCUGCGCUCUGCUCCUCCUUCUCCUCCUCAGGAUUGCUUUCUUGUGGUUCUUGCCGCCGUUACAAGAGCUGUUCCCUCAUUCCCCGCCCCUGCUCAGAAGACACGGUCGUGGGUGACCAGAUGAAAAAGGAGGACAGAAAUCUCGACUAUUUUGAAGAGGCGAUUUCAUCAGCUGUUUACCCGUUACGGGAGUCCUUUACAUCCGGCAAUCUAGCACAGUUUUCUAUCUGUAAGGAAGGGUUCUGA